AUAAAUUUAGGCUUUUGUUUCCAGAGGCUUGGAAGCACCAAAGCCCAGACAAACAGUUCAGAACUUCAGCCCGACAAAUGAAAGCGCAGGGGGCGCUGUCAUAAAAAAGAAAAAGAAGAAAAAAGAAAACGAAAGCGUUGGGGGCGAAAUCGACAGACAUCUCGGCCCUCGCCUCUGCCUGCGCGCAUGGCUCCCGCAUCCAACUCGCCGCCGGCGAACGCCCGCGCACCUCAGUCGCUGGCGAAGUCCACUCUGCUGGGCGGCGUGGGGGAUCUGGACGCGGCGGUUUCCCUCCGCCUCCACGCCCUCUUCCUACCGGUGCCCCGUCUCCUCCUCAAGGCCCUGGAGGUCGCCGGGGACGGCCGCAUCUGGCUCCCCGUGCCCAUCUCCCUGCUGCUGAUCUCCACCACCACCUCGUCCACGGUAUCCCCUCUCCUCGUCGGUCUCGUCGCGGGCCUCGUGCUGGACCUGGCCUUCGUCGGCCUCGUCAAGCUCGUCGUCCGCCGCCAACGCCCCGCGUACAACGUUGAGGACAUGUACGUUGCGGUGGCCGCCGACCACUGGUCCUUCCCCAGCGGCCACUCCUCCCGGGCUUUCCUCGUCGCUGCCUUCCUCGCCGACGGCGGUUUCCCCCGCCUGGCACUGUUCCUCUGGGCGGCCGCGACUUCCGCGUCAAGGGUGCUUCUUGGCCGGCACUACGUUCUCGAUGUCGUCGCCGGGGCUUGGCUUGGCGUGAUGGAGGCCUGGCUCAGCAACUUGAUCUUGAGUUUUCUGUGCGGCCGCAGCAGCUUUCUUGUAUGCUAGCUGUUGUUCUUGCAUUAUUUGUUACUAUACUCCUUUGUUGGCAGAAAAGUGCAAUUAUUUGUGAGCAAUUCAAGUUUGGUGAGCACCUCAGUUGUUUUCAGAUCUCGAAUUGAGUGUACCGUGAAGGAGCAAUUAAAUUCUCAGGAACAGUCAUUUGGAAGCAUGAUUUCUGGAUGGUGAUUUCUUCAC